AAGCUCGAGUACGCAAGGCAAAUUUUUAUAGGAAAGUCUGUUCUGAUCAUCUGAUCUGUAGACCAUUGUCUGUAGGCCAUUGUCACGUGAUUGCCACCCAAGGAUGUUCGACCCUGCCGUAGGUGACGGACAGGUUCACGCCGUGAACAACAAAAAGUCCAAAUAGACUUUGGGGACUUUGUUGACAUGACAGCGGGUCGUAAUGAGAUCCGCGGAGGCUGAGCGGCCGUCAUAAAAGACUCGACGCUCCUCCGACUCUUGACCGGCGGCGAGCGGCGCGCACACGAUGAACGGAACGCACGCCCUCAUCGUCCUCGGUGGCUACGUGGACGUGGACAAGUACAGAUAUGUAUACUUUGUGUUCUUGUUGAUACUCUACGUUUUCAUCAUCUGCUGUAAUUGCACCAUUAUCUGUGUCGUGUGGCUCCACAGGAACCUUCACGAGCCCAUGUAUGUUUUCAUUGCAGCUUUAUCCGUCAACUCGCUUUUGUUCAGCACCGCCAUCUACCCCAAACUCUUCGUGGACGUCUUGUCUCAAAGGCAAACCGUUUCUCACGCCGCUUGCAUGUCGCAGUUGUUCUUUUUCUACACUUUUGCGACAUCAGACAUCUUACUGUUGUCGGCCAUGGCCUACGACAGGUACGUGUCCAUCUGCAAGCCUCUGCAGUAUGCGACGACCAUGGGCCCCUCCACUGUCACCGUCUUCUUGGUUUUGGCCUGGUUUCUGCCGGCCUGCCAGAUAGCGGUGGCAACAGUUCUCAAUGCAAAGCAGAAAAUGUGCACGUUUGUCUUAAAAGGGAUUUUCUGCAACACCACUGUGAAUAUGCUUCACUGCGUGAGAUCUAAAAUACUGGCCGCUUACGGCGUGUUGAUCUUCAUAAACACCAGCCUGUUCCCCAUCCUGUUCAUCCUCUACACAUACAUACAAAUAUUUAGCGUCGUGCAUCGCCGUCGCAGCAGAGUUCGGGAAAAAGCGGCCGAGACCUGCGUACCUCACCUGAUGGUUUUAAUCUGCUUCUGUUGCUUGGCAGCGUUCGACGUGGCCGCGAACAAAAUGGAGUCGAAACUUCCAAGGAGCUUUCGUGUGAUCAUGAUGUUGCAAAUAGUGGUGUACAAUCCUCUCUUCAAUCCGAUCAUAUACGGAGUGAAGAUGAAAGAGAUCUGGAAACAUAUCAAAAAGUUGUUCGCUCGCCAUGGCAAAUAA